AUGGAUGUGUUUCAAGCCUACACAUACUCGACGGCCGCAUGGCUGUCGCUUCAAAGCCUACCCUUGAUUGCUGGGCCAAGCAUGAUAGUAUCUAUGCUACUGGACGAGACUCGACCCGCUUCCUCUAUUGAGAUCUACUUCGCCCGGUGCCUCGGCUUCAGUCUUCUCACAAUUACCGUCUUGACUGUGAUGUUGACCGGCUCAGUUCCUUUAACCUCCGAUAUCAAGGACCCUGUCGCAGCUGACGAGGGUGAUCCCAAGGCACCAUACGCUGUGCCCACUCUGAUGGUCACAUCUGUGUACCACGCCGUGUCUGCAUUCUACGCCUAUACUUGGUAUGUUACUGGUGGACAAGGCACUUUUGCCGUUGCCGUGGCUGGGUCUUCGGGUCUUGCAGCUGUUGGGCUGUGGUGUAUGCUCUUUGCUAGUAGUCAUGGCAGGAUUAGUCGACGAACGGGUGCGGACAAGAGGACGACGGGAUUCCCUUUCAAGAACUCGGAAGCGGCGAAGAAACACGCAGGCAAGAAGGGGCUGUAG